UUCUCUCCGCGCAUGCGCAGCGCUGCCUGCUGGCGGCUGAGCGGGAGUUAUUGCGCGCCCGUCCGCCUUGGCAUGGCGGAGGCGUAUUUCCCGGUGGGCCCCGGGUUGGGCCCCGAGGAGAACUUCUUAUCGCUGGACGACAUCCUCAUGUCGCAGGAGAAGCUGCCUGGCCGCGCCGAGAGCAACCUGCCCCGCUUGGCCUUCGCGCUGGGCCAAGGGACCGGCGCCGGCUCGGGGGACUCCAUCCCUGAGGGCUCAAAGCUAGAGAUCCCGAUGUGGCUGGCCAAGGGGCUGCACGACAGCAAGAGGAGGCUGAUCUCUGUAGAGCUGCCGAAGAUCUACAAGGAGGCCUGGAGGACAGUGUUCAGAGCUGAUGCCAAUGUGGUCGAUUUGCAUAAAAUGGGGCCGUACUACUAUGGAUUUGGCUCCCAGCUCCUGAACUUCGACAACCCAGAGAACCCCGAGAUAGCUCAGACUAUCCUGCAGACGUUUAUUAGCCGUUUCCGUCGUAUCAUGGACUCCUCUCAGAAUGCCUACAAUGAGGACACCUCAAGUCUGGUGGCUCGGCUGGAUGAGUUAGAGCGAGCCUUAUUUCAAGCUGGCCAGAAGGGGCUGAAUGACUUCCAGUGCUGGGAAAAGGGACAGGCUUCACAAAUCACAGUUUCCAGUCUGGUCCAGAAUUACGGGAAAAGAAAAUUUACAGAAAUGGAUGGAUAAAAGCCUGAAGAACAGGUGGUUGUAACAGGGGACACAGAUUGAUAGUCACAGAAAAGAAAGAUGAAUCAGCUUUAGGAAAGGACAGACUCCCUGUCCAUUAGUGGCAGUUCUUCUUUCUGACAUCUUCGGAUUAGCCUAGUGCAAAUUUUGAAGGCAUGUGGGAAGUAUAUUAAAAAUAGAUCACAUCAUGUUGCUGGAUAGCCCUAUGGCUUACUCAUACCACUCCUGAGGAUCUGUGGUUGUAGUGCUUGCUAAGUGGCUGAAAGGAUAUGAGAGGAUUUUCUAAAAGGGUAAUUGAUAUUUAUCAUUCUUUAUCCUCCAAAUUUAUAUUUGCAGUGCCAGAUCCGUUUGGAAAAGAAGUGUAAUUGUUUGUAUUCCAUCCUUCCCAUACCAGCCUCAUGGGAAUAUCCGUUUCCAGCUUCUCCGUUCUUUGGAGAGCCCCAAUUAUAUGGAGAAAGUGCCACAAACCACACUGAACUUUUCCCAUUUCUUGUACAUUUAAGUAUAACAGAUGCUGUCCAUGAGGCAGGGAUCCUUUUCCUUGCUGAUUUUUGCACAUGUUAGUACCUCAGAGAAUGUUUUUCCAGCUGUGCAGGUCUGAGGAGCUGCCUGGUCUUUUCUUCCCCCUCCAGCUUUGUGGGAUCAGUGCUGUGAGUGGUGGAGGAUGUUCCCAGCUGCUAUGAGUGCCUUUAGUGACAGAUGUGUUUUUGCAGCAGAUGUCGAGCUCUUCCACUCAUUUUACAGGAGCAACCGAAGUUAGUCCGGACUGAGUUAAAAGCAGGUGCUUUAAUGGAAAUCAUCCUCCAUUAUCAACCUCUGUCAUCUGUUUUCCCAUGAGAUAAUCUUCUGCAUACUAAGUUCAGUUACUAAUGGAGGGACAGAGCAAACGAACCGAGUUUCCUUCCUUCUGAUCCAUCUGAUUCUAUUAAAUGUCAUCACUGCCAGUUGGAGAGAUUGAAGCUGGUACUCACUGAGCAGCCCAGUGGUUAUCAUCCUGCAUGCACGUCCUUCCUGCUCCAGGAGUCACCGGGAGACAGCAGCAGUUCUGAUGCAAGACCUUCAAGAUUUAUGCACCAAUUCUUGUAGGAGUUGUCUGCAUGUGUAUCUGGACACCUGAUUCUUCAGACAAAAGACCUGCAGUACAAACAGCAUGUGAUCAUUCCUCUGAAGCUUUGCCCUGGAGGUUGUGAGGGGGGCAGGGUGUUGGCCUCAGCACCUGUGGGGAGACAAACUGGAAGUUGUGUCUCACAAAGUACCUCGAUGUGUACAGAUUCAAAUGCUGCUGUACAACGUAGCCUAGGCAUUUUCUUGUAACAUUUGUAUGUUUUCUAUUUCUGGAUUUUUAUGCUGAAUAAAUAUUUUUAAGGGGAAGUUAUUUGAUUUAAAGUGACCGCUCUUAGCUGUCCAGCAACAGAGAAAUUAGUUGUGGAUAGUGCAGAUCUCUGCAAAGUCAUGGCUGCAGAGGACAGCGCAGUGCUGGUCAUCCCAUUCCUGUUCUCUUUUAGGUGACAUGGUCAGGAACUGUUUUCCUGCAGUCAGCUGCCAACUUAUCCUAUGUGAGUAGCAGCAGUUUGCUGAAGCCAUGGCAGAAACACUUCCAACCUGAUAAAAGCUAUUGAUUUUGUAAGUCUACAUUUUCAUGGUUUGUUUUAUAGAAGGGAGGUGAUUCCAUGUUAACUUUCCAGCAGUGUGACAGCCAACAGGUGGGAGCUGGCUGUUUCUGUUCAAACCCUGCUGCCCCAAGUGCUAAAGCACAGAUUGCAAAUCAUGUCCAAAUUGCAUUUAGUGUUCCAGCUGCAAGGGAAGCAAGUUUAACUUCACCUGUGAUAAAAGCACUUCAGGUUUGGAAGGGUUGUUUUAAGAUGGUUGCUUUGAGAGCUGGUUUAUAACAAGAAGUCAUUCUCUCCUCAGUUUCUAGAUUAGAUUUGAUGACUCUCCAAACUCAUUUUCCUGUGUUUGUAAGAACAUUUCUCAUCGUUACUGCUGGGUACAAAGUCCAGACAGAUGGUGUACGCUCACCAGUGUUUUGUGCAGCCAGUUUCAGAGUAGGGAGAUUGAAGUAGUCCUUAAUGUCAGAUGUCUCUUUUAGUAACCCCGAGUGCUUUGUAAAAAAAACAAAAAAAACACCAUAAUAUCCUUAAAAAUCCAAUCCUGCAAUUUUUAAUUACUGUUUUUUUGUUUGUAGAUCUGAUAUUCUGUGGUUUUUCUUUUUUCAUUUCUGGCUGGAAUGCUUUAUUCUGUUUGGAAGCACUUUGUUGCUACUGCAGACACCCACUGCUGCUGUUAAGCCUUUAGGAUAGCUGACAAAAGAAUGCUCUGUCAUUUUUGUGAACACAGACUGUCCUUUAUGAUUGCACAGCAGCAAGCUGUGCCAGAGGAAUUUGAAUUCCUAUAUUACCAGAAUGGCACAAUAGGUUACAGAACUGUACAAAAGAGGUACAAAAAGGACUUCUAAGUGUCACUACUCCCCGUGUCCCUCAUCUUCACACUGCAGGACUGACAUCUAUGAGAAAUCUGUAUAAUAUGUCUAUGCAGUGUUUUCCAUUACAACCAAAAAUAACAGAAAUUCAGGAUGCUGGUUACUCUUUCACAUGAAAACCUGAAGGAACAUUCUUAUGGUAUGUUUUCUGAGAAACCCACAGGCUGGCUUGGUGCAGUCCUUCCCCAAAGGUGAGAGCUGGUCCUGUUAGGCCCAUCUCAGGGCAACAUUUGUCUGAGUAGCUCCUGAAAAGCUGCUUCUGCUGGGUGGCCUCCCUGGAUGCUCCAUUCCAGAUCCAGGCUGUGGUGUGUGACAAACAGGGAGCUGUGUGUGCACCAGUGCAGCAGAAGAUAGAGUCACUUCAGCUUCCUAGCAGUGAGCUGUUACAACAGUCAGUGAAACUGAAGACCUUUCCUCACCUGAAUUUCACAUGAACUAUUAGCACUCGAGGCUUCUUAUCUUGCUCCAUGUACUCUUCCA